AUGUCGAACUCAACUGUGAAUAUAACUAUCUGUGACAGUGAUGUAUAUUACAUUUCAACGAUUAACCUUGCGAACAAAUUGAUUUCUCAAUAUGGUAUGGGUUUCAUUUGGUUUAUUGGAAAUCUCGGGUCCAUUCUCAUGUGUAUUGUUUUUACUCAACCGAUCUAUCGUAACAGUCCGUGUGCGAUGUUCUUUCUAGCUGCGAGUAUUUCACAGUUUUUUACCUAUAACUUUGCAUUAUUCACUCGUAUACUCACUUUUGCGUUCGCUGUUCUUACUCUCAAUUACAAUCUUUGGUAUUGCAAACUUCGUUUCUACCUUUUUUACAUAUUCGUGGCUCUUCCUCGUUAUUACAUUAUCCUAGCAUCGAUUGACCGAUAUUUCGCUAGUUCACGCAAUGCACUUCGACGGCAACGAAGUUCACCUAAAAUGGCCUUUCGGCUGAUCAUUGGAAAUGUUAUAUUUUGGUGCAUAAUUUAUAUUCAAAUCAUUAUUUUUUACGACAUCGAAAGUGGCACUUGCACAUAUCGAGCGGGAGCUUACGGAAUGUUCUUUAGUAUUUAUAUUACAAUUGAAAGCGGCAUCCUACCAUUGCUCUUGAUGCUCAUCUUUGGAUCGUUAACCGUGGGAAACAUCCGUGAGUCGAAGAUGCGCAUUAAUGAAGAUACAGGGUUGAGGACACGAAUGUCAAAGAAAGACAUUCAGCUGCACCGAAUGUUAGCAAAUCAAAUUGUUUUGUUCAUCAUUCUGAAUAUGCCGAAUCCGAUCUAUCUGAUCUACAGUUCAUUUACAGUCAAUAUGUCAAAAUCAGCACUCCAAAACACAGCAGAAACAUUUAUUAGUAACAUGACAUAUGUGCUGAUUUAUUUCGGUUUUUCAUUAGCAUUUACGAAUUUCAUGUUUUCAUCGGGUAUCUUCCGACGGGAACUUAUUCAAUUGCUUCGAACGAAAGUGCUUCGUCAAACUUCAAGGGCGACAAGGAGUGUAGCUUAA